GUGAGCCUGCUGGACGCCACAGUCGCUCCACAGCCUGUGGUGGUCUGUUGUAAGGAAGCCCAGCCCAUAUGUCCAAAGGCAGCACGAGGAGGACAUGACACACGUAGCCCUAUGGAAGCAGAAUGAAAAGAGACAGGAAGGGAGGCCACACACAGACCUUUGACCCCAAAACAGUUUCAGCAUUAAUAAACCAUUUAUUACAUGUCCUUUAGCUGACGCUUUUAUCCAAAGAGACUGACAACAAGUGAAUUCAACCAAGAGGACAAACUCAGAACAACAAGAAUACAGAACAAAACAUUUCUUCAAGAGUCAAAGUACCAGAAGUAAUCUAUAAGUACGACUACAAUGAGAGCCACUGAAGCGCUCAUCUGUUUUUUAAUCCAGAUAUAGUCGGAAAAAAGAUGUGUUUUUAGUUUCUGGGUUGGACCAGGUCCUGUGUGUGAGGUUAGACCAGGUCCUGGGUGUGAGGGUGGACCAGGUCCUGGGUGUGAGGUUGGACCAGGUCCUGGGUGUGAGGCUAGACCAGGUCCUGGGUGUGAGGUUGGACCAGGUCCUGGGUGUGAUGGUGGACCAGGUCCUGGGUGUGAGGUUGGACCAGGUCCUGGGUGUGAGGGUGGACCAGGUCCUGGGUGUGAGGUUGGACCAGGUCCUGGGUGUGAGGUUAGACCAGGUCCUGGGUGUGAGGGUGGACCAGGUCCUGGGUGUGAGGUUAGACCAGGUCCUGGGUGUGAGGUUGGACCAGGUCCUGGGUGUGAGGUUGGACCAGGUCCUGGGUGUGAGGUUGGACCAGGUCCUGGGUGUGAGGCUAGACCAGGUCCUGGGUGUGAGGCUAGACCAGGUCCUGGGUGUGAGGUUGGACGAGGUCCUGGGUGUGAGGUUGGACCAGGUCCUGGGUGUGAGGCUAGACCAGGUCCUGGGUGUGAGGCUGGACCAGGUCCUGGGUGUGAUGGUGGACCAGGUCCUGGGUGUGAGGUUGGACCAGGUCCUGGGUGUGAUGGUGGACCAGGUCCUGGGUGUGAGGUUAGACCAGGUCCUGGGUGUGAGGGUGGACCAGGUCCUGGGUGUGAUGGUGGUCCUGGGUGUGAGGUUGGACCAGGUCCUGGGUGUGAGGCUAGACCAGGUCCUGGGUGUGAGGCUAGACCAGGUCCUGGGUGUGAGGCUAGACCAGGUCCUGGGUGUGAGGCUAGACCAGGUCCUGGGUGUGAGGUUGGACCAGGUCCUGGGUGUGAGGUUGGACCUGCUCCACAUGUGUUACGAUGAGUUUAUGAGUUCUCCAGCCCGAGGAGAGAGGGAGGCUGCGCUGUUGUCUGUCGCCACGGCAACGGAGACUUGUGAUCUUCAUCGCCGGCCUCAAAGUGACCAGGCGUCUUCAGGCUCCUCCCAGCUGGUUACCAGUUCUGUUCUGGGGGCCUCCCACCCCGACGCCACACAGAUGCCGAGUCAUCAUUCAUACGGACCACUCCCGAGUCCAUUUCCUGCUCUCGUGUUCCUCACACGGUCGUCGGGGUAAC